GAUAAACUUGCUUUCAGUUUGUCCCAUUUCUUUUCCAGCGAUUGAACAUUAGCUAGCAGGACGGAUGGCAAAGGCAAAUUAGCCACUCGUCGCCUGAUCCUCACAAGGCACCAUGAUCUUUUUCCGCGAAAUCUCAGUUUCCUUCUCCAGCGAAUGCCGGGGAUCUGGGCCUGGUCGGCUGUCUGUAGGAGUCCCUCCCAUCCGACUCAUUGAAGAUAAACUCUUUGUCUAAUCUGAGGUGCUGAGCCAGGCUAAGGAGCUGAGAGUCACGAUGAAGAAGUACCAGGCCCAGCUCUCCCUGCCUGCUUUCCGGCCUCACACAAAGGACACCCGGCCAGCCCUAUAUGGCCACUGUCCCAUGGCCCUCCUCUACCCCAGGGCCUGCAACUAAAGGUGAGAGGACCCCCCACCAACACACAUUCACACAAUUACCACCAUGCCUUUACCUCGUCGAUAGCUGAAAACAGAUCCGUCACCACCUUUGUGUUUCUAUCAAUAGUUAUCAAAGAACACCUCUCCAUUUUUCUCUGGUUUACAAAGGAAGACCAAUCUCGAACCUUUUACUUUUUAAUCAAACACUCACGUUGCCUACUACACUGCACCAGCAGUGACUCAAAGUGAAGUAGUCUUUCACUGUUGUGUUGUGAUGAAGCUGGACUAUAAAUCAAGGGGAACAUAUUGGACAACAGCACUGCACUCACGCUGCGCACUGCCAUUUUCCUGGGGCCGCGUUCUCCCACUGCUCCCCUCACACUGUCUUCAAACACUUUGCUGUGUCAGCCCCUGUGGGUAGGGCAUGGGGGCCUGUGUCGACUCGGCGGUGGUGCCCACCUCAAAGCCGGGCUCAGCUGCACCGGGGAGCAUCAUGGGACGUAAUACUACCGCUGGCAGCAACCAGUAGCCCAGCAGAGAGAGACACACUCCAACAGCGUCAAUGGCCUCAGAGGAAGAACAGUAUUGGGGUUCACAGUUUUUUUUUAGGUAUCAGCCCUGCAAUGAAUGUAGUUCUCUUGUUGAUGUUGCUGUUGUUUUCUAUUGAAGAUGUCUGUUUUGUCAAUGGGAAAGUGGCUUCAAGCACAGUGCUAGUGAAUCUGACUCAUGCAUUAUCACUGACAAUAUGACUGGGUGAAAAUAGCCCCGGCCACUUCACUGCCAACUGUGUUGUGUAUCAUUGUGUCACCUCCCAGCUCCCGGGGGCCUCUCAAACACCCAUAAUCCUCCCCGACUCCUCAGAGAACCAAGGUCACGUCUAGUCAGUUACAUUGUGAGCCCGGGUGACAAAGAAACAGUAGUGUUAAUCUGGGGGAUGGAUUUACCCAGUGUCUCCUACCAUCCAUGCACCUUAGCCUUGCCACCCUGGCCCUGACAGGGAGCCCCUCCCCAGUCCUCUCUCACCCCACCGGGCUACUCUGGGCCCUCAGAGCAGCCAGCUGGGUCGGCAGUGGGGAGCACAUAAAAGCAAGGAUCAUCAACUAGAUUCAGCCGCAGGCCAAUUUGUUUCUGGAGCGGAUGGUCACUGGACCGGAACAUAAUUCCAAAUCAUUUGUAGACUGCAAAUUGACCGCAAGAAGCCCCAACAGAUAUAAUUUUUUACUAAAACACAAUAAUGUAAAACCUUGCUUACAUUCGUAUACGAUCACAUAUAUCUCUUUAUUAUGCGUGGGAAGAUUUCCUAAAUGAAAAUCACUUGGAGCUCAUUUGCUUGUGUUUUAACAGUGUUUUAUGUCCAAAAACAAAAAUAAUUCAGCUGCCAUUUGGGGAAACCUGACAUAUAGCUUAGUCCAUGCCAAGCGCCUCUCUCUGUCACUGGACACGGGAAGAUGCAAAACGUGGGCGGUGAACCCUGCCUCUGGCUCCCUAGGGAAACUGUCCCUCUGUGUACAGCUUCAUUUGGUUCCAACCUUGCAAUUAGUGGCACUUUGAGGGAGAACUCACUGUCUUGAUGUGUCUAACUUAGCCCUGUCGCAUCUGCCACCAGGCCUAAUGUGUGACACUCUCUCUCCCUCAGACCUAAUGGACAGGUGCUUGGGCAAUUAUUGUAGUUGAGCAAGGCUGAAUCGAUUAGCAAAGAUGUAGUGGAGUGUUUGUGGGUGUCUGCAUGUGUGCGUGUGUGUGUGUGUACGUGUGUACAGUACGUGUGUAUGUGCGUACCAGGUGAAUAAGAUCCCCGUCACCUAAGAUCUGUUUUUUAAUUUGCUGUAAUGGCUGUCUUUAGCAGGAGGGCAGGAUAUGAGGUUAUGGUAAUGCAAAUGAAUUGUUUAUGAAUUGACUUUUUUAUUUGUUGUUUGCUGAGAAUGGGAAGGACACGGACGGCCCACUGGUGCUCAUCAACAGAACCGAGCUGGAGAAAGGCUGUGAGGACGACGACACAGUCAUGAUGGACUGGCUUCUGCAGAUAAUCCAUCAAAGGCUGGGGUCUGGGGUCUGGGGUGGGCUACCGCCCCUCUGGUCCCUGCCUCGUCCCCACCGGCUUGUUUGAUGAGCAGGGUGGGGUGGUAGCCAGCCUCCGUCACCUCCACACUGACCAGAGGGUUUGGCCUGUCGUAUGGCGAACGCUACCGGGCUCUUCAGGGUGCUGCACUGUCCCUGGGUGGUGGAGAAGGCUCUGGUGGCAGCGGCAGGGGAUAGGGGUUACCACCAUGCUGUGUACAGAGCGCCGCUGGAUCCAGACACAGCACUACCUACAGGCUUCAAAAAACGGGAGGCUGUGGAAGGAUUUCCGUUUGACAGAAGCCCAUCAACUGAGACCACACGGGCCUUAAAGCCACGGUGGACUCUGACGCCCACUUCACACAGCUCAAGCCCCCUCUACCCCCUCCCAUCCUCUUGCUGUGCUGUGCUAGACAGGGGAGAUCCUGGGUAAAGCCCUGCCCCAGCUCUGCCUGGCUGUAUCCUCCAUGACAGUCUCUCCGGAGGACCAGGAGGGCUCCUCAUACACGAAGGCCCACAUGCUCAACAUACGGAGAAGGAUCAAAAGGCAGUCCAUUUCAACGGUGCAGCUUUGGAAAAGAUGGCAGCAUUUCUCCAAAGGUCUGUGGAUGUGAUGUCAGUGACACCAAUCAUGAAGCAGUCCCAGCAGAACCAUGCGGCCUCCCUUCAGGACAAGGGCCAGGCAGGGGCCAAGCAGACAGGGUCCUCCAAGGCAGGGACCAAGCAGGCAUUGGCCUACCAGGCAGGGGCCUGGGCCAGCAGGGAGAGAGCCCAGCUGGCAGUGGCCCUGCUGAGGAAACACAAAGACAAAACACCCUCAGACUUAUGUCUCAAAGAUGGGCCAUCAAACAGGAGGGGCUGAGAAGAGCGGGCCAAUGGAAGCCGUCCAAGGUAGAGAACCCAGAGUGGAACAAGCUGACCUACAUGUGGCCCUCUCUGCCCAGUGGAGAGCUCAACCAGGACCUGAGCUGGCCACUGGAGAGUGCCCUAGUCCCCUGUGCGCCACCACUGACUGACUCCAACAGGAAAUGGCACUGUUUCAGACCUGCACCACUGAGAUUGAGGGUACUGAGAAACAGACAGGGGGUAGAAAAGGCCAAGGCCAUAACUGUUACAGUACCCAACCUUAUACUGAACACUUGGUGAGGACAAUAUCCUCUCAGUUCUUCUACACCCUCCUCUCUGACACUGACAACUACAUCUUAAGUAUGUGGGUACAUCUCAUUCCACAUCCACUAUAGGCAACACAAUAUUGUCAAUUACAGUUCCGUUUUAAAUAUUGCAAUGUACACCAGUGGUAUAGUAGCAUCAGUCAAAAGCCUGAAGCAUCUGUAAAGUAAGUCACUCUGGAUAAGAGCAUCUGCUAAAUUACUAAAAUGUACAUGUAAAUCAUAGCGAUAGCUGCACAUUUAGUAGGGGGCACACUUAUGGUUCUGGUUUAGGCCUGAUGUUCUCACCGCAGGAUUUUACACAUCCUGAAAAAGAUCCCUUAGUCUCAAAUGAGAUGAUUUAUGUAGAUGUAUUAAUUUUGCUUCAGAUCAUAUAUGUAUUAGCACAUUAGGCCUGAUUCAGAAGUAAGAGGACUCUCUACUGUUCACCAAUCAUUUGGAAAAGAAUGCAUAGCCUUCAACCCCCACACAACCCACCAAUGAGUGUUCAUUCACUCAAGGUAAAGUCAAGCCUGAAAUUGGAGUUUCUGAUCCAGGAAUAUAAUUUGUACCUCCUAAUUAACUCAAUCAGUUCUCCGUCUUUGGAGCAAAGUAAAUAAAGCUGCCCUGGGUUCCCGUUUACAGAUGAGCACAUGCAGCCUGCCUGACCUUUGACCUUUCAGUCUGUGUCAGCCUCUCCUUCAUUAUGGGCUCAGGCCUGGAAUCUGGGGCAUCAUUUGCAUAAGUUAAUUCCUCGUUACGAUCCCCCUCGCAGCCGUGUGAGGCCAGGGAAUAGAACUGAUUAUGAUUCUGUUUCCCUCCAUUCAUCUGUGCAGUAGGAAGCCUCUCGCCAGCACAGCACAGAGACUCAAAGCAGAAAGAGGCGCCAGCAGGGAGAGGGAAAACAUUAACACGGCAGAAAUCCACAGCCUUGAGUUUCAGCGGUUCCUUGAGAGGUGCACAGAAGCUCUUCAUCUGCCCCACGCUGCUCUCAGGCUCUUCCUCACAGACGGCAGGGAGAGAACUCUACUCCAAGAUCUGAUUCCAGACCAGCUGGUGUAUGUGUCCUGUGGGCAGCCGUGGGUUAACCCUCAUCUCAGCCAUGGUAGAGUGUCCAAACAGCGCCACCUUCUCCACCUGGAGCAGGACGUGUCCCAGAUCCGCCACUACAGCACCCUCUGCCACCAGCAUGAUAUGAUACUGGAGGUAAGAGGUGAGAUACAGGAGGGCUCUCUGCUCACUGUGGCCCCCUGUGGUGUUUUCUAUGAAGAGCAGAGCCAAAGAGUCAACGCCCCAGUAGGAGAGUGCUGAUCAUGAUCGUGAUCACCACAACAGUCUCAUGUUGCAACAGUGCGGUAGGAGCAUCACACAGGCCCACAGACAGCAGUUCGAGUUCAGUAAGGGCAAGAUAGUAAGCUGCAGAAACCCCUGUCUGGCUGUUUGGGUCGCUGGCCAUGGGGCAGUGGGGGAAGGUGGGGUAAAAGCAGGGUCACCCCUCCAGUUGGUACACAGUAACCCGUCUUACUCAAACCAACGUUGGACACUGAAUGAGGGAGAGAGGACUCUUCAUCUGUUGGCCAACCCUGAGCUGGUAUUGUCUGUUUCCAUGACUACAAUCCCCCCAGGAGACUCCUGCUCUGAACCCCCUCUCCUCACAAGCUGCUCUGUAGUCCUACAGAAAUACAAGCCCUAUAGUGACGGAGCAGCCAACCAGAAGUGGGGCUGGUUUCCAGAUCUUACGGUUCUGAGUGCAUUCUACACCUCAUCUCUGGACCAGGAAGUGACUGCAGCCAAUCAGGCCUCAGUGGGUACCGCCUGUGUGUCCCCAGAACCACUACACCAGCAGGGUUUCUCCUUCGCCAGGUCAGGUGUGAGUGGGAGCAGAGUGAAGGUGUGUCCUAGCUGUUCCACUGGGCUGAGAGGGAGAGGAGUUCUCCAGAAGCUUCCUCCAGGAUCCUCCUCCCUCUGCUGUAUGGCCAGUCACAACCACCAGCUCAGCCCAACUGGACACUUCAGGAUCCUAAAGGUCCACCAGACGGAGCUCAGUGAGUCUGCGGCAGACGUCACUCUGCAGCGUCUAGACGAGUGUCUGGGAGUCACUGAGGACGGAGGCUGCGGUGCUGCAGAAGCAGACGCCGUCCCCAGAGGUGUGCAGCGCAGCCCGGACCAAGCCGAGCGUGAAGCUCUUGGCCCACAGGAAUGGGCAGGGGGGCCUAGAGGAGGGCCAGCUGAUCACGGCGGCAACAAUGCCUCUGUUGUUGUCAGAGUGCACCCGCCUGCUCCAGCUACCCAGAGCUCAGGUACUCACCCUGCAUCAGCUCAAAGCCUGGGCCCUCAAUGACUGUCUGCAGGAUGACACAGACACACAGAGGUUCAGAGACAGUGUUCCAGGUAAGUGCUGAGGACAUGAGCUCUGUAGAUGACGGUCUGCUGGCGCUAAUACUGAGGUCCCCCAUCCAUAUCUGGGUGUCCUGUGGAGAGCCCUACCUCCCUUCAGAUGUUGUCAGGGGAAGAGGGAAGCUGCAGAGGGCUCUGUGGCUCCAGAAGGAGAGAGAGUACUGACUGAUCUAGCGAUCAAGAGACACAAGUGUCGUGUGGCUAGCCUGAUCUACCAUCCCUGACCUAACCGUUGCGAAUCCAUGUGGCGAAACCGAAUGUAAGCUGGCGAGAGCAGGAUGGUGGAACCCGGCCAUCCCGUGUCCUCGUCGUGUACUAUGGGGGAGUAAACUAGAUUUGCUCAUUCAAUGACAUUACAGCUCCGUUAGUAUAGGCAGUGUUCCUCCUUGUACGCAUGGGUACAAUCUUGGGUGUAGAAUAGCCCCUAACAGUGUCCCCUCUAUACCCCUGCGUUCACCCAGCCCGCCGUCUCUCCAGACCAGGUCCAGCCUCUCUGGUACCCACCCAGAGUCCUGCCAGGCCUGUGGUGGUUGAGCAAAGCUGGCUACAGCCCAGCCAUGAGGAACUGACUCGGGACCAGGAGCUGCACAACACUGAGACUCGACUUGGUGAGAUGGAGGCCACUUCCAGAGAAAGGCCACAGGCCACUUCCACAGAAGAACUCCCAGGAACUGUACCAUCAGCCUGAUGUCAAAAGAGUUAAGGUGUACCACAGUGGAGACAGGCAUGUAUCUGUCCACGUCUGGGGCAAAGCAUCGAAGAGCUGCUGAGCUACAGUACUGUGAGGCUGGCCCUGUCCUGGUCCACCUCCAGGCUAUGCGCUGCAGACGGCAGGCUUCUGAGCUCCUGGGAGGACAUCCGCAGGGUGUGUCAACAGGACAGCCCUUCAUCAGCCCUAAAGAUUGUGGGGAAAAGAUUGAGAUGAGAGCUAUCUUCGCUCGAAUGAUGAGAUCUCUAGACUCUGGUAAUACCACAACAGACAGGGGACCAAAGGAGCACCUGACCACCACAGUAAGAGGAGAAGGGAUAACUGUACCUGGGCAUUAUGCUACUAAUGGUUAUAUAGAUGAUUACUGUCUUUUUUAGACUCCAUGUGGCUGCCAUUCUCUCCAUUGGACUGCAGAAGCAUAGAACUGUUACAAAACAACUGUACCAUGCCUGAUCAAGAUUGGUGUUAUCUACUGUUUUUGGACUGUCGCUAUGUUCAAGCAAUUCCCAAUGGGACAGUAACUACCAGGAAGUGUGUGAUGUUAUAUAUUCACCACUAGUGGGAAGCAGUGGUAUAAGCGAGUCAUAAACUCAGCAAAAAAAGAAAUGUCCCUUUGUCAGGACCCUGUCUUUCAAAGAUAAUUCGUAAAAAUCCAAAUACUGUUUCCCAUGCUUGUUCAAUGAACCAUAAACAAUUAAUGAACAUGCACCUGUGGAACGGUCGUUAAGACACAAACAGCUUACAGACG